AUGGAAUCCCUGCAGGACAUAUACAACAGCCUUGGAGAUAUCUACGAGGUUUCCGAGAUAAUCGCUUCCCGACCGAACAUUCUCCCUGCUCUCGCAAACUUACUCGUCAAGCAUAACCUUGACAAGGACGGUGCUGCCAUCCCCUAUGAGUUCACAUACACUACCAACAAUCCACCUCCUGAACCUAGCUCUGAAUUCCUGGAAUCUUGGUGUAGUAUACUUCGAGCAGAAGGAGUAGAGGGUCUCCUAGGAUUAUCCAUCCGAGACAACAGUGUGCCGGCAAUCGCUCACGAGGUAUCCGACCCCGAGAGCCGUGUCAAUAGGUUGGUCUUCGGUGAUGAUGCGGCAGAGGGUACUUCUGUUAUUGCAACGACGUGGCGAUUUCUCAACUUUUGCCGGUGUUGUAGAGACCAAGGAAUGCACAUAUUGUAA